CCACGGGCUCCCUUCAGCAUUGCUGUCGGCAGCAGUCCAAGAUGGGUGACACCUGGACCCAGCUUCCCUGGCCUGGGCCCACUCACCCAGCCAUGCUGCUGAUCUCCCUGCUCCUAGCAGCCAGACUGAUGCACUCGGAUGCUGGCACCAGCUGCCCAGUCCUUUGCACGUGUCGAAACCAGGUGGUAGAUUGUAGCGGCCAGCGGCUCUUCUCUGUGCCCCCAGACCUGCCAAUGGACACUCACAACCUUAGCCUGGCCCACAACCGCAUCGCCACCGUGCCCCCCGGCUACCUCACGUGCUACAUGGAACUCCGAGUGCUGGAUUUGCGCAACAAUUCCUUGACCGAGCUGCCUCCGGGCCUCUUCCUCCAUGCCAAGCGCUUGGCACACCUGGAUUUGAGCUACAACAACCUCAGUCACGUGCCGGCCGACAUGUUCCAGGAGGCCCAUGCGCUCGUGCACAUUGACCUAAGCCACAACCCAUGGCUGCGGAGGGUGCAUCCCCAGGCCUUCCAGGGGCUCCUGCAGCUCCGAGACCUAGACCUCAGCUACGGGGGGCUCGCCUUCCUCAGCCUUGAGGCCCUGGAGGGGCUGCCCGGGCUGGUGACCCUGCAGAUAGGAGGUAACCCCUGGGUAUGUGGUUGCACCAUGGAGCCCCUGCUGAAGUGGCUGCGGAACCGGAUCCAGCGCUGCACAGCGGAUUCUCAGCUGGCCGAAUGCCGGGGCCCCCCCGAAGUGGAGGGUGCUCCCCUCUUCUCACUCACUGAGGAGAGCUUCAAAGCCUGCCACCUGACCCUGACCUUGGAUGAUUACCUAUUCAUUGCAUUUGUGGGCUUUGUGGUUUCCAUCGCAUCUGUGGCAACCAACUUCCUCCUGGGCAUCACAGCCAACUGCUGCCACCGUUGGAGUAAGGCCAAUGAAGAGGAAGAGAUUUGA